CGUGCACGCGACUAGCGACUCUGGCGACGCGAUUCUGCUGACAUAAUCGGGGCAGGAUGGGCGGAGAGGGAACCAAAUGACUGAUGGGACUCGACGGGACGGCAGCAGACUAAAGUAUAUAUGCUACCCACGCUGUGCAUGGAGAGGGGUAGUUGAGAUUUAGAUCGGUUAGAUAGAGGAGGCCGGGCCACCGCUAUGAAAAGCCAUGGAAGGUUGGUGGGUGUGGGGGGGAGAUGCCAGCGUCGGGUGAGCCAAAGGAAGACCGUGGUGACUAACAGUGACCAGGCGGAGGAUUUAGCAGUAAGGAACAUAUUGCCGGGCCUGAGAACCCGGCACACCCAACAUGCGGUGGGUGUGCGGAGCACUGGGGGAGGAAGCGGCGGCCACCGGGUGACGUCUAUCGCCGCCGUCAUCGUCGUCGUCCGAGGGCUGCAUGCAGAACCAUGGUCAACCUCGCUCCGAACCUAGUUCGAAUAAACCAAGUGCACUCACCAAUCUCGGGCGCUUGCCCCGAGAGGCGCCAGUCGAGGACGAGGCCGACGAUGAGGCUGCGGGAGGAGGUGGGGCUACCACCGUGACGGUCUGGCCCGUGCCCUUGGCAGCACAGGUGGUGCCGGAGGCAGCAGGGGUGGUGGACGAGGCGGCAGCGGCAGUUGAGCGGGUGGCAGGCGAGACGGCAAUGGCAGUUGAGCGGGUGGUACGACGAGCCGCCAAGGUGGUGCCAGAGGCAGCAGGGGUGGUGGGCAAGGCGGCAGCGGCAGUUGGGUGGGUGGCAGGUGAGACAGCAACGGCAGUUGAGCGGGUGGCAGGCAAGAUGGCAACGCCAGUUGAGCGGGUGGUACAACAAGCCAGCAAGGCUGGUUUGGGCCAUUCUUCAGGGAUGAACAACAAACCCUCCGAUCCCGUAUCAACGUUGGUCACCGAAGGGGACCUGGCUUGUUCGAAGCGGGUUCUCUUAACAGGAGCAGGGCGCGCCAUAGUGACGGAAGGGGGCGAUAACCGAUUGGGAAUGCUCCCUUCGCCUGUGCAGACGUCGGAUGCGCCGCCUCACCACCCCGAGGCCCCCGGCUCCUCACCCCACAAGAAGGCUAUCACGAUACUGAUCGAUGGAGGUACCCAUGCUGCGCUAUCGACGACGGCCACAUGCCAGGAUGAUUACGGCGGAGCGACUUUGCUAUCUCGGACAUUCGGUAUAUUCAUUCGGGGAUAG